AACACAACACGCAGCUACCUUCUUCGCCGCUCGCUUCUUUGCUUCUCUUCUUCUUCUUCUUCUUAUGUGCGUACAGUUGCCAAAAUUCAAUACCCAUCUCGGGUAACUACGCCGUCAGUUUCAGGAACCAUUCGUUUCUCUUCAAUACCCAAAACUCAAUGCAUGUUUUUCCUAAUUUUUCUCUUUUACAGAAUGAUCCUUUAUUAUGUUAGAGCUUCAAAAUCCAAUCUUAAAGAUUUCAACUUUCUCUUUUCUUCCCUCAAACGCUUAAUCUUCUAUUCAUCUCAUUUUCAAUACCCAUCUGACUUAACAAUCACAAAUAUUAGAGCUAACAGUAAUGAUAUUGACAAUAUUAAGAGGAGUUAUAAUAACAAUAAUGGUGCUAUGGCUGAUAAUCCCAUUAAAAAUUCAGACUUUAAGGAAAUUUUCUUAAAGAAAAUUGAAGAAAAGAGAUGGGAUUUUGAUGAGGAAUUUUGGGUUGUUCCAGAUUGUUUUAAUUCUUUGAUUUAUGAUUCUGAUUUGUUAGUGAAAACUCUUAGCUCAAUUCGUCGUAGGCCGAAUGUGGCGUUGAGAUUAUUCAAGUGGGCUGAAGGGCAAAAAGGGUUUAAUUAUUCAGAGUUUGUUUUUUGUACUAUUCUUGAUAUUUUAAUACAGAAUGGUUGGCUUAAAUCUGCUUAUUGGGUGGUUGAAAGGGUGAUUAGUUGUAAUGUGCAUAGAGUCGUCGAUGUUUUGGUCGAUGGGUAUUUGAAUUUGCAAGUUUCUGUUGAGAUACUUAAUCUUUUCUUGAGGGUUUACGCGAAGAACGCGAAUGUGGAGCAAUGCUUGUUAGUUUUUGAAAAGAUGUUGAGGAAUGAGUUGUUGCCUGAUGUGAAGAAUUGUAAUAGAAUUUUAAGGAAUUUGAGGGAUAGGAAUAUGGUUGCGAAGGCAAGAGACGUGUAUAGGAUGAUGGACAAAGUCGGGAUAAAGCCGAGCAUAGUUACUUAUAAUACGAUGCUGGAUUCGUUUUGUAGAGAAGGCGAAGUGCAACAGGCUGUGGAUCUUUUAUCGGAAAUGCAGAGGAGGGAGUGUUAUCCAAAUGAUGUUACGUACAAUAUCUUGAUUAAUGGGUUGUCGAAGAAAGGGGAGUUUAACUUGGCUAGAGGUUUAAUUGGAGAGAUGUUGAAUAAAGGAUUGGAGGUUUCGGCUUAUACAUAUAACCCUUUAAUUUAUGGAUACUGUGAGAAGGGAAUGGUUGUUGAGGCCUUGGGCCUUGGAGUGGAGAUGGAGGUAAGAGGAGCUUCACCGACUGUGUCUACUUAUAAUACAUUCAUUUAUGCGCUUUGCCAGCAGGGGCGAGCAAGUGAAGCAAGGCAGUGGUUUUCUGUCAUGUUGAAGAAGAAUUUGGUGCCGGACAUAAUGUCAUACAACACUUUGAUUUAUGGAUAUUGUCGAUUGGGGAAAACUGAUGAUGCCUUUUCAUUAUUACAUGAUUUAAGAAGUGGUGACAUUUUUCCUACGGUAGUCACCUAUAAUACAAUUAUGGAUGGACUCUGUGGAAAAGGUGAGUUAGAGGAUGCUAUGCAGCUGAAAGACGAAAUGACGAGAUGCGGUAUCUCUCCUGAUGUGUUUACUUACACGAUUCUUGUUCAUGGUUCCUGCAAGGCGGGAAAUUUACCAUUGGCAAAAGAACUAUUUGAUGAGAUGUUACACAAGGGGUUGGAGCCGGACUCCGUUGCCUACACAACUCGAAUAGCAGGUGAACUGCGGUUGGGUGACAUGUUGAAGGCGUGCAAACUACAAGAGGAAAUGUCGGUGAAGGGAUUCCCACCAGAUAUAAUAAUCUACAAUGUAUUUGUUGAUGGCAUCGCUAAGCUGGGUAAUCUAGAAGAAGCAACUGAGUUGUUACAUAAGAUGGUUGGCGACGGACUUAUGCCUGACCAUGUAACAUAUACCAGUGUAAUUCAUGCCUACCUCGAAUUUGGGAACCUAAAGAAAGCCAGAGAGUUGUUUGAUGAGAUGAUAAGCAAAGAGAUAUCUCCAACAGUUGUAACUUACACAGUGCUGAUUCAUGCGCAUGCUGGUAAGGGGAGGCUUGAACUUGCACAUAUGUAUUUUUCGGAGAUGCAACAGAAGAGCAUUCUGCCAAAUGUGAUUACCUACAAUGCGCUGAUAAAUGGCCUUUGCAAAUAUAGAAGAAUAAAUGAGGCUUACAGUUACUUUGCUGAGAUGAAAGCAAGAGGAAUUGGCCCUAAUAAAUACACAUACACCAUUUUGAUAAAUGAGAACUGUGAUUUGGGUAACUGGCAAGAGGUUUCGAGACUGUUCAAAGAGAUGUUGGAUAUAAGGAUCCAACCUGAUUCUUUAACGUACAGUGCGAUGUUGAAAAAUCUCGGCAAAGAUUGUAAAUCACAUGCCAUGGAAUACCUUGACUUCAUAAUUUUAGGUGAUGAAGGCACUGCUGAAGCAAAGAGUUGAGCAAUCCGUGAACGACCACUGGAAUUCUUGAAUGACUACCUUCAGUUCUUGAACUUUGAUCCGAAGGUAUAACACCGUGAGCUUCGUGCAGACACCUCUGUAAUAGCUGCUGGUGAAGCAGAUAGAACCUGUCAUGGUUCAUUUUGGAUUUGGGCCUACUUCAUAUUUGGUGGCAAACACAAAAGUCUAUGCACAUUUCCAUAUAACACAAAACUCAAUUGCAGGACUGGGACGGGCUUAUUAGCUUCAAUCUACGUUGUUGCUGUCGGUUCUGUGCAGAAAGCCGGGAUUGACAUCAAUCAUGGUUUUAUCCAAGCUGCAGAGGUAUCAAGGAGAGAUUUACGCCUUCUUCUGUGUCCUCUGAACCUGCAGAGAUUCUUAAGAAUGUGGUGACGUGCAAAUUCUUGAAAAAUUUGCGCUGGUCAGUGGCACGUGUUGCUCCGAUCCCUGAAUAUUUCUACACAAAUGUCAAAGCAGUAAAGCAAAUAAUGCAACAUACUCUGGAAGUCGUGAGUGGUGGAUAAAUGAUCGUUGAGGAUAGUGCUAUUCUGGUUGAAUCUGCCAUAUCAAAUUCAAUCAUUUAAAGCGUGCGGUAAAUGGUCAAAUGCAAGUUUUGAGCUCACAGAACAAUACGUGUUGCGGUGGGAGGUAGCAGGGACACAGUAAAAUAGUCGAGGUGCACAAGUUGACCCGGAUACCAUUGUUAUUCAAGAUGAACGGAAAAUAAAUAAAUAAAUAAAUAAAGAACUCGCCAAGAGCAAUAUAUUUGAGAGCUGAGGCACUGUGAUAAGGGCAUCCAUGUGCGAUUCACUACAAGAAUGUAUACAAAAUCUUGAAUGGUGAAGAUUGAUAAGUUCAUUCUUCUACUCAAACGGCAUCACCAUUUGAUCUGCUAUUCACUUAAAGCUUUGGCAAUUUGGUUGGAGAAAGGCGGCAAGUGUUCUAAUGAGAAAGGAUGCAUGUUUUUGAAGUUCUUCAAAGUAUAACUUUCUUAUAGAACUUUCUUGUACCCCAUGGAAUUAGUCGAGGUGCGAGCAAACUGGUCCAGGUAGGGGUAAGGUUUGCGUACAUACUACCCUCCCCAGACCCCACUUGUGGGAUUACACUGGGUUUUUUGUUGUUGCGCGCAAGCUGAUUCAGACACCACCAUUAUCCAAAAACAAAAAAGUAGAACUUUCUUAUAUGUGUUUGUUAACUUCUUGUAAUUGCAUUUGUUUGUACUGUAUUACUUAAAAGAGCUGAAGCUGAUUUUCACCCCUCACCUCAAAGAAACAGAAGUAGUUUUUUUUUCA